AUGUUAAAGGGGAUCGGGAGAUUUUUACCAAAUGUCGCGAUCGUGCUGAGUAACUUGGUGCUCGUUUUCUUCGAAGUGCAGUGCGUUCUACACAUCACAUUGGAACAGAAAGACCCUGUGUUAAGAAUGAGGAUCAUAGGAUUGGCUAACUAUACUUUAGUUUGUCUAAUGAAGUAUUGGGCAAUGACGAUGCGCAAAUCAAGGAUCAAGUUCUGUAUCGAAGAAGUAUAUACAGACUGGAAACAGGUGGAACAUCAAAGGCAUCGUACGUUGAUGCUAAAAUACGGGAAAAUUGGAAGGGAUCUGACUAUGUAUUGCGCUGUUUUCGUGUACUGUGGCAACAUAUUCUACAUCGCAAUUUUGCAAUAUACAGUGGGAUCGCAAAUAGACGCUGAUAAUCGUACGAUCAGAAUACUAAUGUAUCCUAUGUAUGGUGGACUUUUCGAUGUCCAAGAAACUCCUACCUACGAAAUCGUGUACAUUCUCCAAUGCAUUUGCACAAUUAUGCUCAACACCGUGACAGCAAGUUGCAGCGGAUUGGCUGCGCUUUUCGCAACACACGUCUGCGGACAGAUCGACGUCAUCAUGUCUCAGUUAGACGACCUGGUCGAUGGGAAAUUUUCCAAGAAAAAUCACAAUUCGAACACUCGGCUGAUGAAGAUCGUGCAACGUCAUACGAAAAUGUUAAAGUACAAAGACGAAGGUAAAGUAAACCGUUCUCUAUCACUGAUCAAAAACAUAUCGCGUGCUAUUGUAGAUUUUCUGCGAUGGUUGAAACGGUUCUGCAGGAAGUGUGCUUCUUCGAAUUCAUUGGCUCCACGCUUGAAAUAUGCUUCCUCGAGUACUAUUGAUUGGCAACAGAGUAAUAAGUUUGGUGUGAUGACAUAUUCGUUCCUACUAAUAUCCGUCUCGUUCAAUCUGUUCUUGUUCUGCUAUAUUGGCGAUUUACUAGUAGAAAAGAGUGCCAAUAUUGGAAUAUCAUGUUGCAUGAUCGAUUGGUAUCGCUUACCGAGUAAGACCACUCAAGGCAUCAUUUUAAUUAUCGCCAUGUCAAGUAACCCGAUGAAAAUUACCGCUGGUGGAAUAGUUUACAUAUCCUUGCCAAUUUUUGGAAAUGUAGGUGCUUACAAAUACUCCGUCUAUGUUAUCCAAUUGAAAAUGUACGCAAAUUCAUGUAUCGAGAGAAUUAAACAUAAUUUUAUCUCCGCAGGUUUUGAAGACGUCAUUCGCGUAUUUGAACUUCAUUCAGAAUGCAGUUUUGCGUUUGCUACAUUGAUGAGUGAUAAUCGAUUUCGAAGUUUCGCAAGGCAGAUACACGCACGCGAUGUCAUAAGCCUGACGACCUUGCAAUCAAUGCUACCCGAUCGUCUUGUCUUCGAGCUGUCCACGAGCAUGCACCCCUCCGUUCAGAAUCACGCCGAUCAACCGCGAAAUCGAAACUACGAGAAGGAUAUCGUCUACGUGACGGAAUACCUCAAAUGGAUUCUAAAUUUCGUCGGAAUAUGGCCAGCAAUGUUAAAGGGGUUCGGCAGAUUUUUACCAAAGAUCACUAUGGUACUAAGUAACUUCCUACUCGUUUUCUUCGAAGUGCAGUGCGUGCUACAUGUUACAUUCGAGCAGAAAGAUCCUUUGUUAAGAAUGAGAAUCCUAGGACUGGCUUGCCAUUCAUUGGUCUGUCUGCUGAAGUAUUGGGCACUGACGUUGCGCAAAUCAAGGAUCAAGUUCUGUAUCGAAGAAGUAUAUGCAGACUGGAAACAGGUGGAACUUCAAACAGAUCGUACAUUGAUGCUAAAGUACGGGAAGAUCGGAAGGAAUCUGACAAUAUACUGUGCUCUAUUCGCGUACUGUGGUAACAUAUUCUACGUCACGAUUUUGCAAUAUGCGAUAGGAUCGCAAAUAGAUGAAGAUAAUCGUACAAUCAGAAUACUAAUGUAUCCUAUGUAUAGUGGGCUGUUCGAUGUCCAAAAAACUCCUAUCUACGAAUUCGUGUAUGUUCUUCAAUGUAUUGCCACGCUUAUACUCAACACCAUGACAGCAGGUUGUUGCGGAUUGGCCGCACUUUUCGCAACACACGCCUGUGGACAGAUCGACGUCAUCAUCUCUGAGUUAGGCGACCUGGUCGAUGGGAAAUUCUUCAAGAAAGAUUGUCAUUCGAAUAAUCGACUGACGGAAAUCGUACAACAUCACAUAAGAGCAUUAAAAUUCUCUGCGACGGUCGAGACUGUUCUGCAGGAGGUGUGCUUCUUCGAAUUUAUUGGCUCCACGUUUGUAAUAUGCUUCCUUGAAUACUAUUGUAUAACGGAUUGGCAACAGAAUAAUAAAUUUGGUGUGGUGACGUAUUCGGCGAUACUAAUGUCCGUCACGUUCAAUCUGUUCUUGUUGUGCUAUAUUGGCGAUCUGUUGAUAGAAAAAAGUGCCAAUAUUGGAAUAUCGUGUUGCACGAUCGAUUGGUACCGUUUACCGAGUAGGACAACUAGAGGCGUCAUUUUAAUUAUCGCCAUGUCGAGUAAUCCGAUGAAACUCACCGCCGGUAAAAUAGUUUACAUAUCUUUGGCUACUUUCGGAAAUGUAGGAGUAAACUGCAGUUUCGCAGAACGACAUAAAAAAAACGAGAAAAAAAAACUUGCGUCCAGAGAGAAAGUUUUAGACUCUAUGGUAUCAACAUUCACGUUAUAA